AUGGCGAACAGGGUUCCGUUUAUUCAGCAACAACAGAGUGCUGAUUUCUCAAGUCAAGGAAACGAGGUAAAGGAUGCUUUGUAUGAAGAGCUAUGGAAAGCCUGUGCAGGUCCUUUGGUGGACGUUCCUAAGGUUGGGGAAAGGGUUUAUUAUUUCCCGCAAGGGCACAUGGAACAAUUGGAGGCAUCUACAAAUCAGGAGUUGAACCAAAGGAUACCGAUGUUUAAUAUGCCUCCAAAGAUCCUAUGUCGUGUAUUCAACAUUCAGUUACUGGUUGAGCAAGAUACUGAUGAAGUUUAUGCACAAAUUACCCUGAUGCCCGAAGCUGAUCAAACUGAACCCAGAAGUCUGGAUAAUUGUCCUGACGAGCCUCCUAGGCCUGCCGUUUCCUCCUUCUGCAAAGUUCUCACUGCCUCAGAUACGUGCACACAUGGUGGAUUUUCUGUCCUCCGAAAACAUGCGAACGAGUGUUUUCCACCCCUGGAUAUGAACCAACCGACUCCAACUCAGGAAUUGGUUGCUAAGGAUCUUAAUGGAACCACAUGGCAUUUUAAGCAUAUAUUUAGAGCAGGUCAACGGAGGCAUUUGCUCACAACUGGGUGGAGCACGUUCGUCUCCUCCAAGAGAUUAGUAGCGGGUGAUUCUUUCGUAUUUCUAAGGGGAGAGAGUGGAGAAUUACGUGUUGGUGUCAGGCGAUAUGCCCGGCAACAGAAUUCCAUGCAGUCGUCAGUAAUUUCAAGCCAGAGCAUGCACUUGGGAGUCCUUGCAACUGCAUCUCAUGCCGUUUUAACUCAGACUCUCUUUGUUGUUUAUUACAAACCAAGGACUAGUCAAUUCAUCAUUGGACUGAACAAGUUUCUAGAAGCUGUAAAUCAAGAAUUUGGAGUUGGUAUGAGAUUCAGGAUGCGGUUUGAGGGGGAUGAUUCUCCAGAGCGGAGGUUUUCGGGUACAAUUGUCGGGAUGGAGGAUAUUUCUCAACACUGGAAAAAUUCCAAAUGGCGAACAUUAAAGGUUCAGUGGGAUGAGCCUGCAUCUGUUCCAAGACCCGAGAGGGUUUCCCCGUGGGAGAUUGAACCAUUUGUUGCAACUGUCCCCACAACAAUUCAGCCGCCCAUAGUGAAACAUAAGAGACUUCGGCCGAACAUUGAAAUCCCACUACCGGGUUAG